CCGCCCCCCGGGAUCGCCCAACACAAGAUGGCGAACGCGAGCGACCCGCUCUUGGAGAUGUUCACCACGGACGUGGACGAGAAGGCGGUGAGCGAGCUGGUGGGCUCGCUCGAGUCGCGCCUGUCGCGACAGCGGCCCACGGUGCUCAACAGCCACGCGCAGCAAGCGCAGCAGCACCCGCAGCAGCAGCAGCAGCAACAGCCGCCGGACCGAGGAGGUGGCCGGCUCGGAGCCCCGGCUGCCGCGGGCGGAGGCGCCUCGAAAGCCGCGGCGCCGGAUUUAGGCGAGGCCGAGGCUCGGUCCGGGACGCUGGGCCCCCCCAUGAAGAGAACGGCUGCGACGGGAAUUUUACUCUUGCAUCAGCAACAGCAGCAGUAUCAACAGCUGCAACAGCAGCAGCAGCAGGUCGGCGGGACGAAUUGCCAGAGACACGGCGGAGUGGUGGCUUCGGGUGUGAGUGUCGCUGCAUCAUCGGCAUCGGUGGCGGCAGCUUUACCGUCUUCGUUAUCGGCAUCGUCGGCAUCAUCACUAUCAUCACUAUCAUCAACGUCUUCACUGUUAUCAGCAGCAGCGUCGUCGUCCUCGUCAUCAUCAUCAUCAUCGGCAUCACUUUCAUCACCGUCAACAUCGUUAGCGCAAGCAGCAUCAUCAUUGACACAGUCAUCGUUAUCGGCAGCUGCAUCCACCUGUUCAUCUUCCUCGUUUUCAUCGCAGUCAUCGUCCGUUUCGGCCCCUGCAUCAUCAUCAUCAUCAUCCUCCACCACCACCACCUCCUCGCUGUCCAACCACGCCGAUGUUCCCGUGCUAACUUUGGGCCGAACACCGGUGACCCAAACGGUCGGCUCCGCCGGGCAACCUCUGAACGGAGGCUCCGUGUACGGGGCACCCGCUGGGGGAGGAGGCGUCGUUGUUGGCGGUGGAGUCGGUGUAGUUUCACCGGCAAGGACCUCGAGCAUUAGCAGCGGUGGCAACAGCAACAACGGCGUGGCUCCGUCGGUGGUUGCAGUGGACUCGGGGCGGAUGAACUUCAAUGUCACCGCCUCCACCAACCUCAACCCUAACGUCACCCCCAACCCCAUCAUCACCGCCGCCGCCACCACCACCAUCAUCACCACCUCCACCAACCCCAGUGUUACUUCCACCAACCCCAACGUUGCCACCACCGCCGCCGCCGCCGCCACUUCCAACCCCGGUCUCAUCCCGAGCCCUGGAGCAGCGACGCCUCCCACGAUCACUCUGCAGCGGCCACCUUCGAGCCACAACGGAGCACCAAACAGCAUCGUCAGCACCAGCAGUAUUAUAAGCACCAGCAGCAACAUCAGCAGCAGCAACUCCACCGGACACCCACCGCUCAUGUGCACCACGCCGGGGGGUGUUGUGAGCGGGCAGCCGUCGGUCAUAAGUGCCGUGGCCUCUCGCCCCGCGAUCACCCUCAUCAGCAGUCCGCAACAGCAGCAGCAACAACAGCAGCAACAACAGCAGCAGCAGCAGACUGCUAUUGUGCCCACCUUGGCGCCCAGCGUUACGGGGAUGGUGCCUCUGGCUGGUGGGCACAGUGGCAUGGUAAGGGUGAGCGUACCGCCUCCACCCUCGCCCGGACCGGCGCUGAGCCCAGCGCGACCGGGUCUUGCACUCCAGCAGAGGCUGCUGCCGCCGCAGAUCAUUGCCCCACGACCGCAAACAAUCCAGCUUCCUCCUGGCUUCACCUUGCCACCAGGUACGGUGAUGGUGCGCGCCGGCGAGCAGGGCCAGCUCUUCCUCAUCCAGCAGUCGGUGUUGGCGCAGGCCGGUGGCGCCGCCCCCCACGCCGCCCCCGUGCCCCCCUCCCCCACCGUGGCCACGGUGGCGCACACCCCCAGCCCACCGGCCGCCAGCCCUGCCACCCAACCGCAGCAGGGAGUGCGGCUAGCCGCGCUGCAGGUACCCGCGCUACCUUCGUCUCUCCGUGCACCACCGCACUCGGCAACCACUAACCACCACCCAAACUUAAGAAAAAAAGCUAAGCGGCGCCGGUGGGGGGGGGCGCCCACGCUCGCCGCUGCGACGCCGGCCCCUCCCGCAGGCCCCGCCCUUCCCACCAGCCAGCCGCCGCUCGUCUUCACACCGGAGGUGAUGGAGAACGUCAAGAAGUGCAAGAACUUCCUCUCGACGCUCAUCAAGCUGGCGUCGUCUGGUCAGCAGUCGCCCGAGACGACGCGCAACGUCAAGGAGCUGGUGCAAAACCUCCUGGAUGCCAAGAUGGAACCGGAGGAGUUCACAUCGCGGCUGCAGAAGGAGCUCAAGUCGUCGCCACAGCCCUACCUCGUGCCCUUCCUCAAGAAAAGCCUGCCGGCCGUGCGCUACCUGGCGCAGAACCCGCAAGCGUCGACCCAGGCGGUCCCGCAGCUCAACGCGAUCGGGACCCCGACGACCUCGACUAGCGCCGCGCGACCCCUGGGAGCGCAGACGCACGCGGCGCAGGCACCGCUACACACGGUUCUGACGACGCAGCAUGGGGGUGGAGUGAAGCAGAUUGUGCUACAGUCGCAGGCUCGCGGCAGCACUCACAUCAAGCCCGGCACGGUGGUCAAGGCUCAGGGCCCUGCUCUCAUCAGGCCACCCUCCACAGGAGUGCCGGGAGCCACCGGGCUGCAGGCAUCGGCGAGCCAGAAGGGGAAGAUGAAGGAUCUGGGGGGCGGCACCUUCAAGGACGAUGACGACAUCAACGACGUCGCCUCCAUGGCGGGCGUGAACAUCAACGAGGAGAGCGCGCGCAUCGCGGCCACGGGCUCCGACACGGUGGGGACGCAGAUCCGUUCGUGCCGUGACGAGGCCUUCCUGUCGGCAGGGCCCCUCCAGCGCCGCCUGCUCGACAUUGGCCGGCGGUACGGCGUGACGGAGGUGCCGGCGGACGUGGUGGGGUUGGUGUCGCACGCGGCGCAGGAGAGGCUCAAGAACCUGGUGGAGAGGCUGAGUGUCAUCGCACAGCACCGCACCGAGACGUACAGGGACUCGGACGACUCGGAGCAGAUGAGCGACGUGAGGUCUCAGCUCAGGUUCUUCGAGCAGCUCGACCGCCUGGAGAAGCAGCGCAAGGACGAGCAAGAGCGCGAGAUUCUACUCAGGGCGGCCAAGAGUCGGUCUCGACAAGAGGACCCAGAACAAGCCCGGCUCAAGCAGAAAGCAAAAGAGAUGCAGCAAGCGGAGCUGGCUCAGAUGCGCCAGCGGGAAGCGAACCUGACGGCGCUCGCGGCAAUUGGGCCACGCAAGAAGCGGAAACUCGACUCGCCAGGGCCGGGCACGCCGGGGGAGGUGGGGGGGAGCGUGCAACUCGCACCGUCACGCGUGUACAAAGACAAAAGAUCCCCCCUCCCAUGGAGCCUUAACAGGCUGUUGGGGCAAGUGCUGUGGUCAGCACCCUGCCCGGCACCCUUUGCCACCCGGCCAGUGCUGAUGUUUACUCAUCGCACCAGGUACUCGUUUGUGUCGACCUAUGGGAGGCGCAGGACAGGUUCAGGCGGCGGCGGCGGCGGCGGCGGCGGGGUGCCGGGCACGCCGACGAGACCGUCGCAGCGAGCGCGCUUCACGAGGGUCAACCUGCGCGACCUCGUCUUCUUGCUGGAACAAGAUCGCGAGACGGCGCACUCGCUCGUGCUGUACCGCGCGCAGCUCAAGUGACGCUCGCUUCACGUCUCGGGCCGCCGACGAGGGGGGUGGGGGCAGAGAGAGAGACAGAGAGACCGGAGGCCGAGCGCACCCCCUCCCCCCCCCCCGACGCCACCGAAGGUGGAACGGAGCGCCCCGGGUGCUGGAGUCUAACCGGGUCUACCUCCCGGUUUGGCGGGGACCGGACCGGGCCGCGGUCGGUGUUUUCGGCCCUUCCUCUCCGCUUGGAGCGGAAGUUUGACUUGCACGGCGGCGGACGGCUCGGGACGGCUUGCGAGGAUGACGAGGGCCGACGUGCACGUCGCCUCGGCUCAAGGAGAGAGAGAGAGAGAGAGCAGACGGACGCCAGUUGCUCGCACUGGUCAACCCGGGACCGCACCGACACGUGGAACGUGACUCGAGGAACGACCGAAUUGACUGACCCACCGACCGCUCUUGCGAGAGAGCGAAUGACCGACUUGCCGACCAAACGAAUGACCGGCGGAGCGACUCGCCAACUGUGCGCGCCCCCCCCCCCCCCGCCAACCGUUUGACCUACAUGACCCAUCGAACGAACGACCGGCCGACCGGACUAACGGCUGACAAAUGACCGAACGACAACAACGACCAGACCACCCCCCCCCCACUAACCAAUCGACCGCGAGAUGCCAAAUUGAGGCAGCUCGCAAAAAACGCGGUUCUUACCGAAGGGCUCCCUUCCGUACACACGUAGCCACCCCCCCCCUCACCCCACAGAACCAAUGAAUUGUGGCGAGGGUGGAGAAAGGGGGGGCCUGCCUCGAACCGCCACCCCCGAGUCACCGCCAUCGGUGCCCAACCCCCCCUCCCCACCGCCUACCAGCACCCCUCCGACGCUAUAAUCGCGCGCGGUCGACACGGCGCGAGGUUUUUUUUUUAUCGCCAGAGGUCUUGUUUGUUUGUGCGUGCGUGCACGCGUGUCCAUCUGGUGCGUUUGUGUUCUUUUUUAUUUUUUACACAUGCACCGGUUCGUGUCGCUCGCGGCGUGGAGACUCGUGUCCCCGCUUGCAGGCAACGCGUGUACACGACCUGCGGAGGGAAAGGAAAUGAAAAACAAUUGCACUUGACCUGUGUGUGUGCGUGUGUGUGCCGUCAGGAAAAAAAGAGGGCUCGUUCUUGUGUAGUAAGAGGGCCCCCCCCCCCCCCUUACGCCCCCUCCACUGCCCGCGUGCGCGCGUUGUACAUUGUGUGUAUGUGUGUGUGUGUAAAUACGAGGCGAGGACUUUAAUACAUGUGGUGUUUAUAAAUGAGAAUUUGAGAAGUGGUAUUUUAAUAGAACUUUGAACCAGCGGCACGCGAACUGAGAGUCGGGAGUGUGAGAUAUAUAUAUACGAGUCUUGUAUGCAUUUUAUAAGAAAAAAAUAUCCUAAUAACUAAGAUUCUUUAUUUUCAAUAAUUUUUUGCUCUAAAGUAAAUAUUGUCUACAUUUAUUUUAACGGUGUGCGUAGUUUUAUUUUCUUCCGUGUCGUACAUUACAAAGAGAGACACAAAGGGGUUGCCCGCGUUGCCUCGUAACGAGGCAAAAGUGGCGUCGGCGAGGAGUUUCGCACCUCCAUGAAGGCCGGCCUUCGCCGUGGCACACGGAGGAGGGAUGGGUGGGACAAAACACCACGCGCGUGCACUUUGUGGGGGAGCGGUGGUGGCGCAGUAGCCGUUCGCAGCACUCCACUGUGAACUCCGUGACCUAGGGUUUGAUUUCUGGCUACACAGGUAUCGUUGCUAGCGAGUGCGUUCUCGUCACCGAUACCGGGCCAAACCACACCCGUGGUGAAAGUAUUGUCACACCACCCGCACCAUGAUCCACAUGGUGGAGGUGGUGUGUAGUUUGACAUGGUGGUGUGGGGGAGGCUUUCAUCCAGGAGUGGAUUGAGAAAGGGCUAUAAAUUAUUAUGACAGUGUGCACGCAGCAUCAUUUUCACAUUUUUUAAAAUACAAAAUUGCUAGCUUUGUGAUACAAAAUAAACCUUUUUCUACCAAUUAAAUUUUAUUUAAAUGCUAUAUUUGUAAUCUUUACAUUUUUUCCGUACUUUUCCUAUCCUUUUAAAUGUUUUGUUGUAUUCAAGACAGGUACGUCAUGCCAUUUUUUUAAACCUAAAAUUUUAUAUAUAUAUUUUUAUUGCUUCCAAGUUUGUUUUUAAAACGACACGGCUAACUUGUCAGCAGAAAACUAUAAAAUGAUGGCUAUGUUGUGAGCAAAAA